AUUUUCAUCUCCACAAACACUUAAAAUAUUGAGUCAAAAGAGUAAAAACACACACACAUAUUAUUCUUAUUCUAUUUGUGAAGGAAAAAAAAGGCUAUAUAAUGAAUAUUUCAGGUGUUUUCAGGACUUCUUUGUUUAUACUGGCUUUGAAGUUUUUGGUUAUGGUCAAUGGGCAGCCUUCGGUUCCAGCACUCUUCAUAUUUGGAGACUCAGUUGUUGAUGCAGGAAAUAACAACUACCUUAAAACUAUUGUUAAAGCAAAUUUCCCUCCUUAUGGAAGAGACUUCCCUAAACACAUACCAACUGGGAGAUUUUGCAAUGGAAAGCUCGCCUCCGAUUUCACCGCUGAGAAUCUUGGAUUUACUUCAUAUCCACCAGCUUAUCUUAGCAAGAAAGCCAAAGGAAAAAACCUUUUGAUUGGAGCCAAUUUUGCCUCAGGUUCAUCUGGUUACUAUGAUACUACUUCUAGACUAUAUGAUGCAAUUCCUUUGAGCAAACAGCUUGAGUUUUAUAAAGAAUACCAGAAGAAGUUGGUGGUAAUUGCAGGGAAAGUAAAUGCAACAUCAAUAAUCAAUGGUUCAAUUCACUUAGUCAGUGCAGGAAGUAGUGAUUUUGUUCAAAAUUACUACAUUAAUCCUCUGCUAUACAAAGUAUACACUCCUGAUCAGUUCUCAGACAUCCUCGUCAAAUCCUACACUAAAUUCAUUUUGGAAUUGUAUGGACUAGGAGCAAGGAAGAUUGGAGUGACAACAGUACCACCAAUUGGAUGUUUACCAGCAUCCAUUACAAUAUUUGGAAAAGACAGCAACCAUUGUGUCAAGAAGAUGAACAAAGUAGCAGUUUCAUUCAACAACAAGCUCAAUUCUACAUCUAUCAACUUGCAAAAGAACCUCUCUGGUCUCAAUCUUGUUGUCUUGGAUAUCUACCAACCUUUCCUUGACCUUGUCACUCACCCAGCUGAUAAUGGAUUUUUUGAAGCAAGAAAGGCAUGUUGUGGCACGGGAUUGCUGGAGACAUCCAUAUUGUGCAAUGCCAAGUCUCCAGGAACAUGUGCAAACGCAUCUGAAUAUGUAUUUUGGGAUGGUUUUCAUCCAACUGAAGCUGCAAACAAAAUCUUAGCUAAUGACUUGCUAAUCAGUGGCAUAUCCCUCAUCUCCUGAUCUUUCUUUUUUCAUCCUCUCACACUAUAUCAGCACUUUUUUUAACGGAGUUUGCUUUGAAAUGUAUUGUUGAAUGGUCUCGUAAUGUGUUAUAAAUUCUUGAUUUUAUUGCUGGUUGGAAUAACAUAAAGGCAGUGUUUGAGCUUGUAAUAAAUCUUUAUAUUGAUGCAAUUAUACAAAAUACUACUAUCGAGAAAA